UGACUGUUUUGGAACACAAAAAAACAACUUUAUUCCCACCUAACACCAAACUAAUCAAAAAAAUCCCACAAAUUACAACCCCCGUUCUGCACUCACCUCCUUGUCCACUCCAAUCCCAAUGGAUCCAACCCUCGCCGGAAAAACCCCCGGCGCCACCCAAACCACGCCUGACCCACUCCCCCGCAUGGCCCACCACAGACGGGCCCACUCAGAGUCCUUCUUCCACGACAUACUAUUAGAUGACAUGGACUUGUUUAAUCUGGACGUCCCGUCUCUAGCCAUUGAUUCUGACUCAUCCUACGGCCCAGAUUGUGAACCCAAGAGGUCCAAACAAGUGGGGCCCACUGGCUCUUCUUCAACCCAUUUUAGAAGCCUUUCUGUUGAUGAUGAUUUCUUUGACUGUGAGACUCUGAAUCAGCAGAGUGGUUUGGGUGAUGGGGUUAGUACGACGUCGUUUGAGCAUGACAAGAAGUGUGUGGGGGUUGAUGAGAUGGCUCAGCUUUCUUUAGUUGACCCCAAAAGAGCUAAAAGGAUUCUUGCGAAUAGGCAGUCUGCAGCACGGUCGAAGGAGCGGAAGGUGAGGUAUACUAGUGAGCUAGAGAGGAAAGUGCAGACGCUUCAGUCAGAAGCAACCACCCUCUCUGCACAAGUCACAAUGAUGCAGAGAGACACAAGUGGGAUGACCAUUGAGAACAAAGAGCUCAUGCUGCGGUUACAAGCUUUGGAACAACAGGCGCAGCUUAGAGACGCUCUUAAUGAAACACUAAGGGAAGAAGUGAAUCGGCUUAAGAUAGAAACAGGGCAGGUACCACCUCUCAAUGGAAACAGUUACAACCAAGCUUUGCCACCUCAAUUUUCCUCCCAUCCACAGAUGUACAAUAACUUCAUCAACCAUCAAGGAUAUCAGGCUCAACAGCAGCAGCCUACUCGCAUACCUCCGUCAGCUAUUAAUUAUGAUGAAGCUCGACACGGUCAGCCACAAGCUAGCUUCCCAAACUAUGAUCAAAGAGUUUAACGGCUAACGGCCAGUGUUGCUCCGGUGAUUAUGAUAAAUCUACUACAAAUAUAGCUGAUUAUGUUCAAGGUAGCAUCUUGAACAUGUGUAUGUACAGUAUGCAUGUAUAUAUAUAUAUAUGUCCGCAUUUAAGAUGCUGAAUUGUUUGUCAGAUAUACUAUAUGAAUCAAUCAAUUAGUCCUAGUUCAGUAAUAAUUUUUGUGUGGCC